AUGGGUGACGGGUCGGAUCUGGUGCUGAACUUUGCGGGGGGUUUGGGUGAGUUGAGAGUCACUUACAGCCCAACACACAUCUGUGCUCUGGAGGGAUCAUCAGUCACCAUAUCCUGCUCUUACACCUACCACAGUUAUCUUACAGUUAAAGAAGCUUUCUGGACAAACCAAAUCUCUAGAUUCCCUGUUAAUCUCUCUAAGAUUGACAACUAUGCACAAAGAGUCACAGUGAACUGUGGGAACAGUAGCAGUGCUUGUUCUCUGCAAAUUGUAAAUCUCACCAAAGCAGAUGCACAACAUCUCUACUACUGUUCAAUGCUCACCAAUAGGAGAACAGACAUAGGCCAACCAGGAGUUCCAUUGAACAUUGCAAGCCUGCAGGUUGCUUCAUAUGCAGAAGGCACAAACGUAAAGGAAGGUGACAAUGUGACUCUCACCUGCAACACCACCUGCAAUCUGACCAGCAACGCUUCAUUCAUCUGGAGUAAAGAUGGACGUCCUGUAGAGAAGAAGCAGAUCAUCAACAACCAGCUGCAGCUCCACCCAGUCAGUUAUGAAGAUGAGGGCAGCUACACCUGUGCUGUUAGAGGCCAUGAGGGUCAUCCAUCACCACCCAAAAUGCUGGAAGUUAUGCCAGUGUCCCAUAGCCUACAUGUUGCUGCUCUUGUUGGAGUGGCAGCAGCAGUCUUUGGGGGUCUAUUUUGUGUCGUGUACUGGCUGAGGAUGAAGAUCAUGGCAACACUGUAA